AUGGUUUAUCCUAGUAUGUCAUCGGAACUGCAAGAGUCUAUCCUUCGGGAACUUGCUUCACAAAUUAUUGUCACUCGCGGUGUCUCUGAGGACGUAGAAACACUCAUCCGCACUCCACGGAAGCUGUACGCCUAUGCCAUUAAAACUCCUAUCAAUUGGCGCAAGAUAGCAACCGCCCUCAACCAAGAUCGCAAUCGGAUCUAUCAUUGGUAUCGUGAGACCCACUCUCGGAACAUCCUGGAUGUGAAGAUGACAAACGAAGACCGAGAAGCAAUCAGGUCAAUUAUAAUUGGGGGUAUCCGUGAUAGAAGAGCUAUCGACGCAGAGUUUUAUAAAGAGAUACACAAGCGCUUUAGCGCGAAAUAUCCACGCCAGGAGUUGCGUAUGACUUACAAUAACGCGCUUCGUACCCACAGUGUUCGUGCGGUAUUAGAAGAAUGCGGAGUUAAGAUAUCAUCACGAAGACCGUACAGACCGAGAGCGCAGCGCAAAAAGGCAGAUAAGCCCAAGGCUCCAGAAGCAAACACACCAGUGGAGGUAUCGCAACUUUCCUCACAACAUUCCUCACAGCAUUCUUCGCAAAUUUCUUCGCAACUUUCUCCGUGCCCCAUAGAGUAUGUUCCCGGGGGGAUUGUCUCUCUUCCUGACCCUACCCUGCUUCCUCUCAUGCCUAAUCAAUCGUUCAUCAAUCUCCCCUACCCCGCCGCUCCGCACGGGUAUGUGCCCAUGUCUUACCCGCCACCCCCAGCCUCCUUCUUCAGCCAGGCCCCCUUCACAUACGUUCCCUUUAUUUUGACGGCUCCGAGAGCAGGAGGGUGCGUCAGUCCUGCACCACAGAUGUAUACCACCAUAAAUGCAAAUAUGAGCUGA